UUCGCUAUGGAUGCAAGGGAUGGAAACACACAAAGGAAAACACAAAAUUAGUCUAGUGAUGCCCAUGACAUGCAUUGCGUUUUUAGAAGUAGCACCCAAGUUUGCAUUGUAAAUCAGAUGCACUGAAUCCCUGCUUGGCCGGAUCCGUCUGUGUGUCGCUUCCCCCUUUUCAGAAGGAGCCGCAUCAACAAAAUGUUGGGUAGGUCGUUCACCUGGAGGAAAUAUAACCAGCGUACCCUCUCUAUGCAGCACCGGCUCCCUCUUCAACACUGACAUGCCCGAGCCCAGAAGGAAAUCCAGGAUCAGAGGGCUCAUAGCUACAGCUGGACGCGUGAACUGGAAGGAGGACGGGAAACAGGCGCACACCGGGUGUCCGAAUCGGUGGAGGCCGGAUCACAUCUGCUGGGGACGAGCAUCAAGGGCAGUGCGGCACUCCAGCGCUUCUAGAGCAGGCGACACGGAUCAUCCACACACCCUCACCUCCAAAACAGCACCGUAGUCCCGUUACACUUCUCCAUCGGUCUCAAAGAUGCGCUAGAACAACGCACGCGCGCGCGCGCUCUGAAAUGCAUCAAAACAUGUCGACAGCAGACAUGCUUUUCAGCGCUUCCACCCGAAGGGUUUAUCGAGAAAAUAUGGAGUUGGAAAUGAAGACGAGGGUCUGUCAGCGUUUCAAGGCGUGUAAAAAGUGCAAAUGAAUAUAUUGCUCAAAUAUAUCCUCCUUUUUCCGUCAUUGGCCACAUUGACACCCCUAAUAAGCAGGACCAUGGGUUGCAUUCAGAGCAUCGCCUGCAAGCCCCGCAUCCGACGGGAGAACAUAGUGGUCUAUGAGGUCUCAGCCUCCAUUGACCAAUGCCCGACCAUCAUUGAGGAGAAUUCGCCCAUUGUCCUGCGAUACAAGACCCCGUACUUCAGAGCAUCGGCCGGGAUCGUGAUGCCCCCGGUCCCCAGAAACGAAACAUGGACCGUGGGCUGGAUUCAGGCGUGCACCCAAAUGGAGUUUUUCAAUACAUAUGGUGAUAUUGGCAUGUCCAGCUGGGAAUUACCUGAGCUUCGAGAAGGACGGGUGAAGGCCAUAAGCGAUUCUGACGGCGUCAGUUAUCCCUGGUACGGUAACACCACCGAAACAGUGACCCUCUCAGGCCCCACGUCCAAGCCGUCCCGGCUAACGGUGAGUAUGAACGACAACUUCUACCCCAGCGUGACUUGGGCGGUGCCCAUCAGCAACAGCAACACGCCCAUGCUCACGCACAUCACCAGAGACCAGAGCUUCAUCACCUGGCUGGUGGCGCUAAACGCAGACACCAAAGAGCGUAUCGUUCUUCAGACGGUGCGCUGGCGUAUGCGUGUAGACAUUGAGGUGGAUCCUUCCAUGCCGCUUGGUUCUCGUGCCAAACUGAUGGGACGGCAGCACCAGGAACAGCCACACAUUCUCAGCAACAACGAGCCCAUCCCGCCCAACGCUCUGGGCAGGCCCAAUGCCAACGAUGCCCAGGUGCUAAUGUGGAGGCCCAGGAGAGGACAACCUCUGGUAGUGAUACCACCCAAAUAGGGGUGUCUUAAUAGUGCCUAUGGGACAUUGAAGGCUGCAUGCACUGUUUGGCCGUUGUGGAUUCCCAGUUUUGUUGGGUUUCUCAGUUGCUCUGAACUAGUCAGUGGAGAAGGGAAGUCUCUGCGUGCACCAUGAGGUUUAACUACCUUUACUUGGUCAGACAGCAAAUGAUCAAGAGUAACUAGUACUACAUGAACCCACUAGGUUUAAGGAAUAAU